UUUACACAUUCACGGUUGAGCUGACAGCUGCUUGUGACCCCAGCCUGGCUUACCAAUACCACGGACGACGAUGUUCAUAUAUAGAGUGUCUAUAUUUCAGUCACAUUCGGGCACAUUUCAUUUGCAGUUGACCUGCCAAACUUAAAAAGGCUCGGGCUCCUUUUCGCGUUCUGCACUAUCGUCGCUUGGGCUUCAGCCCGGAAACGUAUCAGACCCCAGUCACCCAUCAACUUGUUAUACCGCUCAUCCAGGCUGGCGUGGAAGAUGCCAUCCCACCCCGGUAUAAAUUGCCUGCAAUUGAAAGAGAACAAGUGAACUAUUGCUGUCCCGCAAGUGCAGUAUAUCAUCCACCAACCUCCCCCCCAAUAACGAGUCGCAGUCCUAUACAUGUCUCUCGAUAUCAUUCCCGCAGAUCCUGAGAUCAUUUCUCGAAUGUAUCAGAGCGGUCAACCAAUUGUCCUGUAUCAGUGUCAAUUGCAGGGGAACUCUUGUGGUUUGCAUGUGGAAGGGACAACCAGUGCAAUGUCUGCCCAUCUGCGAAUAUUUCACAGCAUCGCCGGUCAGGACAGCACCAGUGCAAUUUGUACGUGGGGUGACUGCUCCAAGACGCUCAAGAAGGGAAGCAUGGCAAGACACCUCCUUACUCACCUUGGUGUCAAGGUGCGCUGCUCCACGUGCGGAGUCGUGAUGUGCCGUCACGACCUCCUUCGUACGCAUAUCAAAUCCUCAGAGCCAUGCUAUCUUGCAAUUGCCGACGCUGUUCAUGGACCCGAGGGACGUAGCUUUGCCCCUAUUGGUUGGGCUGCUUCCCAACAGGGCUAUCAAGAUCCCUGUGGUGUUCUACUACUUGAGGAAGGAUAUACAGUUCAAAUUCCCGUAGCAUGAUACUUUGCUUGUGGCAUCAGCAGUGUACACCGCAAGAAGUUCUGAGGUCAACCUAGUUAUUUUUGCACUCAAAAUAGAUAAUUUUGUAUUCUGCACCACUCAGAUCUAAAAGUUCAAACUGCUCAUCGAGUACUCGUCGAGCGGAGUUCGUAUGCAGCCGAGCGCGUAGGCUACUAAAGUUCGUAUGCGAGUCCUCUCCACCAAUUGGAACGCUCGCUUGGAUUGAGGAACGCUUCAAAUUGUGAACGUAAAGUAAGGACUCUCUCAGAUGGGUUUUAACAAAGAAAGAGUACUGCGUAGAGAAAGACGAAUCGCCAAUGUUGAGCUGUCCGGCAGUCAAGGUUCACAGAGACUUAGACGGUUAAUGUUG